UACACGGCUGGAUCACUCACUCACUCACACACACAGACGCCAGGUACUCACAAAAACUCCGAAUCACAUCUGACACCAUGAGCGCCGAGAACAAGUCGCUGGACCUUGAGAGUGGAGCAGUAUUUGUCGUCAGGCAGUCGGAGCCGAAGAGAAGCUGUUUCUGGCCGUCCCUGUGUGCGGUGGCUGUGCUCGGCUUGUUGGCUGUGUCUUCCUACCUCGCACUCUGUCAGCUCGGAGUUCUCCCUUCCAAGCAGGAAUUAAGACUGAAAGCUGAGACUAUUUAUUCGCCUCUGGCAACAACGCCUCAAAGCAGUGAUUUGCCUCGUCUCAUGAAGCAGGUGGGAAAUGACCCGAGGGGAAAAAUCGCAGCUCACCUGACAGCUUCGCCAAUCAGCAGAGAAAAGAAGGUGGUUUGGCAGAAUGAAGUGGACUCCACCUUCACUGAGGGUGUGGAGUUCAGGGACAACCAUCUUGUCAUCAAGACCCCUGGUCAGUACUUUGUUUACACCCAGGUGGUCUUCCAUAACAGCAGCUGUCAGGACAAGGCCAUCUAUCUGAGCCAUGAGCUCGUCAAGCUGUCAUCGAGUUAUCCAGAGGAAGCCUUGUUACUGAAGGCCACCAAGUCCGCCUGCCAUUACCACCAGCACGGAGACCCCUGGUACAAAACCUCCUACCAGGGAGCCAUAUUCGAGUUUGAGGAGGGAGAUCAGAUCUUCUCCAGGGUUAAUGAGGAGGUGGUGGGAUACGUCGACACUACUCAAGGAAAGAGUUUCUUUGGAAUGUUUGCUAUGUGAAGAUUUUGAGUCACCUCUAAUAAUUAAUGAUGACUGAACAAGAAUUUCAAAUUGAAAUAGAACAAAAACUGUUUAGGGCACAUUGUCCUACCCGGCACUGAUUGGACAGGGAGAUUCAAUUCUCUUUCAUUUUAUUUAAAGACUUGCAGGGACAAAAAUUAUCAAGCAUAUUGGGGCUUUAAGAUUGGUACUGCAGUGAGUUAUCACACUGAGUUUUCAGUACAGUCACUCCAGAAUCAUGCACAGUACAGGGUGUUGCUGAUCAGAUGAGGUACUUUUGAAUUCAUCUGGCAGAAUGGGCUAGAGGGGCUGAAUGACCUCCACCUAUCCCUAUGAUGUUCCUGUUCUCCCACAUACCUUUAACACUGGGAACAGUUGUAGGUGAAUCACUGCUGUGCAGGGUUCUUCAUGUUGAAUUUGAUGAAUUGUGUCGUAAACAUGUAACUUGAUAGUUUUCAAUAAUUGUGUUCUAAGUAAGCUGAGUUUGUAAUUUAAGUUAACUCUAUGAGCCACUGGUUCUUUAAUUUAUUAUG